AUCUCCAUUUUCUUGGCAUCCAAAAUCAAUAAUAAUGAUGAUGGCAGGAGACGAAGAAAAUGUGUCGGAAAGCCUUCAUCUUCUCUAUGUUAUCUCAAAGUAGAUGAAUCCAAGCCUCAGUCUCUUUUCAAGCUCGUCUUGGCCGACAACUCAUAUUCUCCCUUCAAACACCUCUCUCUUCAUCCCAUAACAUCUGUGGAAUCUGGGGAAUUGCAUCCGUACAUGGAGGAGAUUUCUGUGCUGUUGAAAGAGCCAAAAGUGGAAGAGGCUUUGGAGGAAUACAAUGAGAAACUGGAGGAAUUGAUAAGGCACAAUUCGUGUGGAUAAGGGGUUGCAGUUGCAAGAGUUGGCAGAGGUUUUGAGCAAGGAGAGACUAUUCGCUGUAGAUGUGGAGCAUAACAGUUUCAGAUAUCGACUAAGAAAGAAGAUUAUCUUGUAGACGCAAUAGCUUUGCAUGACUUGAUGGGCAUUCUCCGGCCUGUAUUUUCUAAUCCACAAAUUUGUAAGGUGUUUCAUGGUGCAGAUAGUGAUGUUCUCUGGCUUCAAAAAGAUUUCCAUAUUUACGUCGUUAAUUUAUUUGACACCGCAAAGGCAUGUCAUGUUUUGUCCAAACCGCAAACAUCAUUGGCAUAUUUGUUAAAGACGUACUGUGGUGUCGUAACGAAUAAAGAAUUACGGAGAGAAGAUGGGAGGCAACGUCCUCUACCACAAGAGAUGGUGAGAUAUGCUAAAAAAGAUUCACACUAUUUGUUGUACAUUGCGCGUUGUCUCUAUGAGGAGCUCAAGCUGCAAGAUUUAGUUUCAAGACCUUGUGAAGAGAUUGUGUGCUUGGAGAGAUAUUAUGGCUCGCGUUCAUGACGAAAGCUUAAAAUAUGUUUUAUCAGAUCAAGCAAUUGUUUCACUAUCAAAAGACUUGAACAACUUAAUUCAAGAUGAUGACAAUGGGGAAGCUCUUCUUGAAAGUCUUGAAAAAUGCUUAGGUGCUAAUGGGACUUGUCCUCUCUCUCCAUAUAACUACGUGUUACUAUCAGAAACUAGUUUGGACAAAGCCGAUAGAUCUCAAGCCAGAAACGAAACCAGGAAAACAUCUCUAGCUCGAAAGGUUCUUCAAGAGUUGUUUAACAAAAGUUAUCAGCCACAAUUUUGCAAAUCUCCAGCCUAUGACAACUGCAGGAUUUACACAAGUGAUGGACGGUUUUUAUGUUUUUGUGCUCGUAGAAGAUUCGAUUGGUACCUAAAGAGGAAUUUGGCAAAACUUGUUAAUAAAGACCCGCCUUCCAUAAUGCUUCUUUUUGAACCCAAACAACGUCCAGAGGAUGAUGAUAACGAAUUCAGCAAUGAAAAUAAGAAAAAUGUGUGUGUUGGUUGUGGAAAAGGAGAGCACUAUAAACGCUACCGUAUCAUACCUUUGUGCUACACAAGGCAUUUCCCGGAACACUUAAAGAGUUACAGAUACCAUAAUAUUGUCCUCCUCUGCACAAGUUGCCAUCAAGUUGCUCAUGUUGCUGGUGAAAGAUAUAAGGAAAAGAUAGCUACAGAUUAUGGAAUACCACUUCUCACUUGGAAACCUGUUGUGAAUUCUUGUGGCCAGGUCAAGAUGAUCAAUCCAAAACUACCUGCAUUAGGUUUUGUUUCAGAUGACCAAGAUCAAGAAUCCGAAAAACUAUCUGCAUUGGGUUCUGGUUUGGAUGAUCGUAUUCAAGAAUCUAGGAGUGAUUCGGUCCAAUCAAUGAAUGAUGCAAAUGAUUCAUCUAAGCAAUGCAUGGGGCAUGGGGCACAUGGGAAGCAAGUUGUGGAAUUUAUACUUAAGGAAAAUGGAGAUGAGGGGAUUCGUGGAUUCGUUCAGCGAUGGAGAGAGGAUUUUGUUGAUGCCAUUCAUCCUCGUUUUUUGCUUGCACGUUGGAAUACGAACCGCAUCACAGAAUCACAGAGAUACGAUUCAAUUCCCAAAAUGGAGAACAAUGACAAAGUGAAGCUAGCUCUCAAACUCACAAUCGCAUCUUGCGUCGCCCUCUCGUUAUCCUUCUUCCUCGCAUCCAAACUCCAAAAUCCUCGCAGGAGGCGAAGCCGUACAAUUCCUUCUUCUUCUCCAUGCUAUCUCAAAGCAGAGGAAUCCAAACCUCAGUACGCCUUCAAGCGUGUCUUGGCAGACAACUCCUACUCUCCUUUCAAACACCUCAAACUCCAUUCCGCUCCUGAUGAAUGCUUGAGCUUACAUCCGUACAAAGCGGAGAUUUCGGACCUGUUGAGUGAACCGAAUGUGGAGGCUUUGGAGCUAUUAAACCAGAAUUUGGAGGAAUUGGCUGGACGCGAUUCUUACAUAUGGGUGGAGACGGAGUUGCAGUUGCAGGAGCUGGCUGAGAUGCUGAGUGGAGAGAGUGUAUUUGCUGUAGAUACGGAGCAACACAGUUUGAGGUCCUUCUUAGGUUUUACCUGUUUGAUCCAGAUAUCAACUAAGGAGGAGGACUAUCUUCUUGAUGUAAUAGCCAUGCAUGACUUCAUGGGAAUUCUUCAUCCUAUAUUUGCUAAUCCAAAGAUCUGCAAGGUAUUCCAUGGUGCUGAUAAUGAUGUUCUCUGGCUUCAAAGAGAUUUUCAUAUUUACAUUGUUAAUCUAUUUGACACGGCAAAGGCAUGUGAUGUUCUGUCUAAACCGCAAAGGUCAUUGGCAUACUUACUGGAGACAUAUUGCGGUGUUUCAACUAAUAAACAAUUGCAGAGAGAAGAUUGGAGGCAACGUCCUCUGCCAGCAGAAAUGGUGCUAUAUGCUCAAAAUGAUGCACAUUAUUUGCUGUAUAUUGCACACAAUCUCUUUAAAGAGCUCAAGAUAAAAGAUUCAGAACAUUCAGGUCUGGAUCAAAAAAUGACUUGUGUUCUCGAGGCCACCUGCCGUUCAAAUACAACUUCUUUGCAACUUUUUUCAAAAGAACUUGAAGCUUUUCCAGGAGAGUCUGCUGCUUCAUCAAUUACUUCUCGAUAUCAUGACCAAGGAAACCUUCCAUCCAGCUCCUUCAAUUUUCAGGAUCUUGUAAGGCAAUUGUGUGCAUGGAGAGACAUUAUGGCUCGUGUGCAUGAUGAAAGCUUGAGAUAUGUUUUAUCUGAGCAAGCAAUUGUUGCAUUGGCAGCUAAUCCUCCUCCACAAAUUUGUGAUAUUUGUUAUACCAUAUCUGAAGCUGAUUCAAGUGGGGAUCACAUAUCGCCAUCCCCAUCUCCAUCAUCUCUCGUUUGUAGUCAUUUGGAAGAUCUCAAUCACUUAUUCGAAGAUGGUAUAGGUGAGAGUGAUGAAAACCUUCUGCUAAUUCUUCAAAAAUGCUUAGGAGCUAAUGGGAGGUGUCCUCUCUCCAUCUAUAAUUACGCUUUACUAUCCAAAACUAGCUUGAAAGUAGCCAAUAGAUCCAUUAUCAAGAAAAAUGGAUUUAAAAGUGCAAAAUCCAUGGCUCGAAAGACUUCCCGAGAAUUGUUUGUCCAAAAAUUCUCUUGUAAAUCUCCAGUCUACCACAACUGUCGGAUUUAUGCAAAUGAUGGUCGGUUAUUAUGUUACUGUGAUCGUAGAAAGCUUGAGUGGUAUUUAAACAGAAGUUUAGCAAAACUUGUUGAAGAGAACCCACCUGCCAUAAUGCUUCUUUUUGAACCUAAGGGUCGUCCAGAAGAUGAAGACAACGACUUCUACAUUCAAAGUAAGAAAAACAUAUGUGUUGGAUGUGGUGAGGGUAAUCACUAUUUACGGUACCGUAUUAUACCUUCAUGCUACAGAAUGCACUUUCCAGAACAUUUAAAGAGUCACCGGUCUCAUGAUAUUGUACUCCUGUGCGUGGACUGCCACGAAAUUGCUCAUGCUGCUGCUGAAAGAUUCAAGAAAAAGAUAGCUGCGGAAUAUGGGAUACCACUUUUUGUCCGAAAAGUUGUUCAUUCCAACCAAACUCAAAAUCCAUCAGUAUCAUCACCCAAUGAUAAUAUAGAUGAGGAGGAUGGUGUCUCACCUUUACAAUUGCGUACGGCAGCAAUGGCUUUGCUGCGUCAUGGUUCAAGAAUGCCAUCGAGACGGAAAGAUGAACUAAAAGAGAUUGUAAGGAGUUACUACGGAGGAAGGGAAAUAUCCCAAGGAGAUCUAGAAAAUGCUUUGCUAGUCGGCAUGAGUCCGCUUGGACGAAGACGGUUUGUGAAAAAGAAGCUAUCUUCUAAACAGCCAACAACAUAUGUUGCCUCUGACCAUAAUCAAGAGCCCAGUACUGAUGACGCCAAAGCGAAAUCUACCACCCAUGAGAAUGGAACUGGGAUGCAGCACAACAAAGGAAAUACAAGAAGUAUGGAUUUUGACAACCAAUAUUCUGCACAUGACAACACAUUUGGCCUUAACUGCAUUGUUUCUGAAAGUGGGAAUAUUUAUACCGAGUGUGAUUCAGUUCAAUCUAAUAAUGAUGUGAAUGUGCCAUCUAAACAACACUCGAAGGUAUCGAUGUUGGGGCACGGACCACAUGGAAAGCAAGUUGUGGAAUUUAUACUCAAUGAGUAUGGGGAAGAAGGUGUUUGUGAAUUUUGUCAGAGAUGGAGGCAAGUUUUCGUUGAAACUGUUCAUCCUCGUUUCUUACCUGCUGGCUGGAAUGUGACUCACAGUGGUAAAAGAGAUUUUGGAGAGUAUAGCAUUUACAAUCCUGAAAAGAGAGAUUCUGCUGGUGCUGGGUAGAUGAUGAUGAUGAUGAUAACCAAUGCAAGGGUAGAAAAAGAUUUGUUUAUUUGUUAUAUUUGUUCAACGUUUAUCGACGAUUGUUGUAUUGUACGAAUUAUUAGUUUUUGUUUCUGUACAUAUGAUUUUCCGAAUCUCAAACGAAAGAGCCUCUCGACAGGCAUUUCAGAUCUCUUUUUGUAUUGUUUUGAGACCGAUGCUCGUGCUAUAUAUGUACUGCUUUCAUAUUU